GAGCGUUCCAUACAAUCCCUAGUAGAAGUUUUCGGUUCCGAUGUCGACGGAAACCGUAUUGUGCCUUUAUGGCUCGAUCAAGCCAUCCAGAUGCGCGCCACCUCCCCUCUCCUCUGUGCGGCCAUCGAAGCAACAUCCUUUGUUCUUAUGGGCAAGAUGGCGUCCGAUCCGAAGUCCACCCACGCUGGUCUCGUUCGAUACACUUGUGCUUUGCGAUUGGCAGGGGCGUCGCUAUGCGAUCCCGCGAGACGUCAACGCGAUGAUGUCUUUGUGGCAAUAACUCUCUUUGGAAUGAUUGAGACGUAUGAAAGCAGCUCCAAGGACGCUCUCGUGAAACACCAACAGGGGGCCCUAGAUCUACUAUUUCUGCGAACCCCGUCGAGCCAUUGCAAGGGCAUCGGCCACUCGAUCUAUGCAGAUUUACGAUUAUCAUGGAUUCUCUCCGCAAUAUCGCAUAGACGAACCUUCCUGGCUCAUGACGACUGGAAAACCGUACCUUGGACCGAGAUGAGCCCGCGAGGUAACCUACACAGCUUGCUAGAUAUCGCCGCAGAUAUCCCGGGACUUUGGAGACAAAUGGAAGGCAACUCACAGGGUUCACACCCCGCAUCCCCUUGUGGUUCACCACAUGGGUUUGAACCCACCCUCGAGGAGCAAGCAAUGAAUGUAAUUCAACAUUUACAAGAGUGGAGGGAAGCGCAAACGGCUGACGCUCUACCCGAUCCUGCCGAAGCCCUCUUUACCGUCAUGGACGAGUUUCCGGUAUUCCUUAUACAGGAUUCCGUAUCGGGAACCCACCGACCACGAGACCUGGUUUACCCUAAUGUUGACGCCUGUGCGACAACAGUUUCUUACUGGGCCUUUCACCUCGCGGUCCCAACAGGAGUAUCGCCAACCUGGCGCUACCAGUAUGCCUCUAAUAUCUGCCGCAGUAUGCGGUUCUGCGUGCAGAAUUUCCCAUUUGCCUUAGUCUGUUUGAUUCGGUUUGCACUGAAAGUUGUCUGUGAUGCUUUCUCUGCUGACAGUAUUGAACGUCAGUUUCUGAGAAAACUAGCCGAUUACUUCUAUCAAAAGUAUCAGUUCACUAUCCUAGACUGAAGAAUCAAGAUACAAGCCAAAGAGAUAUCCUUGCUACGAGCAAUUAUGUGAACAUGAACCAUUGUAUAAUACAUCUAUUAGCCCAUAGCAUUUGAGAGCGAAAUUGAAGGAAAAUGACCUAUACUAUACAAAAGAACCAUAUGGAAUAUGCUCCAUUUUUCUCUUAUUUUUUUUCUCUUUUGUUUCACCGGCC